ACUUCUUUUAGGGACUUGGGGUUAUGCAUGUAUGUAUGUAUCUAAAAUCACAUCUAUCAAAGUCCUAAAAAACCCUUCCAAGUCCAAAUCUUUCAUCAAAAAAAUUAUACCCUUUUGGCCAUUCAUUCCAAAACCACACAAAAGACCACAAAUUUUUCACAUUAGAAUGCUUAGUUGCUAACACAAUCAGAUUCAAACAAGAACAAGAACAAGAACAUGAACACUUUGAGUCAAAUAUUCCAAAACAUGUUCUCAGACAACAGCAACAUAAUGCUUGCAGCCAUAAUAUCUUUGCUCCUUGUAAUCCUCUUUGUCCUUCUCCUCCAUCUCUAUGCUAAAUGGUUCCUAGCUCAGGCUCAGGCUCAGGCAAAUGCUCGCCGCCGUCGUCGUCGCCGCCGCAGAGCAGCCACAGUAACCGUUUCUGAUGUUCUUGGCCCUGCAAGGUUCCACCACUUCCACAGCUUCAACAUAGAAGAUUCACCAAUAUUCCCAUCAUCAUCAAGUUCUCAUCACAAUACAUCAAAAGGGUUAGAAUCUUCUAUCAUUGCAAGAAUUCCUCUUUUCAUUUAUACUACUACUAAUUCAGAAGCAUUGAAAGGUAGUGAAGAAGUUGAGAAUAGUGAUGAGCUUGAGUGUGUGAUUUGUUUGAGUUCUUUUGAAGAUGGAGAGAUGGGAAGGUGUUUACCAAAAUGUGGACAUGGUUUUCAUGUUGAAUGCAUUGAUAUGUGGCUGAAUUCUCAUUCAAAUUGUCCAAUUUGCAGGGCUCCAAUAAUUAUUAGUAGUGGGAUUGUUGUUGAGAAUGACAAUUCCCAAUUAGGUUCUGUUAUUGAUGAUGGGGGUGAUCAUAAUGAUCAUGAUCAUGAUCAUGUUCAUGUUCAUAAUGUUGAUGAUGGUAGUGGUGCCUCUGCUUUAGUUGAGAUUGUGGUUGAUGAUUUUGGUCAAAGUUCUGAGAUUAGAGAGAAUAAUGAAAAUGGAGAAAGAGUGAGUAGUAGCAGUGAUUCUUCUGUCUCAGAAACAGAAACCUCAACAUCUUUGGUAAUUGUUGGUUGUUCUUUGAAGAGAAUGUUGAGCAAAGUUUUUCCAUCUUCUAAUAAUGCAAAUGCAAAUGAAUUACAAACUUAGAUAUUUAUAUAUGAUGUCAUGAAAAUGAGCAAAAUCAACCACUUCUUCUGUAUAGAUUACUAUUAAUUUCUUG